CCCCGGAGCGCGCGCGAGAGACACCGUGAUGGCAGCUCGAUGCCUCGCGGAGAGAGGGGAGGACGGAGAGGAGAACGCAUCCGACCACAUCUCCUAACGGCAGCCUCUCUCUCUCCGCCAUGCCGGAGCUCUCCUCCUGAUCGCCUCCUCUCUUUUUAUUUGACUUCCUUCAUUUUCCUCUCGUUUCUUUCGCUUUGCACGAUGGUUCGCGUGGUCAGCGUGCUCGGCUUGGUCAUGUUCAGCGUGGCUCUGCUCAUCCUCUCCCUCAUCAGCUACGUUUCCAUAAAGAAAGACUUCAUCUUCACUGCCCCCAAAUACGCCAACCCCGGGGGUCCAAGGAUGUACAUGUUCCAUGCAGGGUUUAGGUCCCAACUGGCGAUGAAGUUUCUGGACCCAGCAUUUACACCUCUGAACAACGCCCUGAACGAGAACCUGCAGGAGAACUCCUCCAAGUGGAGGUUUAAUAAGACGGCCUAUUUGGAGCAAAGUAAAGAGAUUGCCCAGUACAUCGACGUGCCACACAACUUCACCCUGACCAAAAACAGCGUGCGUGUGGGUCAGCUGAUGCACUACGACUACUCCAGCCAUAAAUACGUCUUCUCCAUCGGCGAGAACUUCCGCUCUCUGCUUCCGGACUCCUCCCCCGUCCUCAACAAGCGAUACAACACCUGCGCCGUCGUGGGCAACAGCGGGAUCCUGACGGGCAGCCGGUGCGGCCCCACCAUCGACAAGUACGACUUCGUCUUCCGCUGCAACUUCGCGCCCACCGAGGUCUUCCGCAGAGACGUGGGGCGACGGACCAACCUCACCACCUUUAACCCCAGCAUCCUGGAGAAGUACUACAACAACCUGCUCACCAUCCAGGACAGGAACAACUUCUUCCUGAGCUUGAAGAAGCUGGACAGGGCCAUCCUCUGGAUCCCCGCCUUUUUCUUCCACACCUCCGCCACGGUCACGCGCACGCUUGUGGACUUCUUCGUGGAGCACAGGGGUCAGCUCAGAGUGCAGCUGGCCUGGCCUGGAAACAUCAUGCAAUACGUCAACAGGUACUGGAAGACGAAGCAGCUUUCUCCGAAGCGUCUGAGCACGGGGAUCCUGAUGUUCACGCUGGCCUCCUCUCUGUGUGAACAGAUCCACCUGUACGGCUUCUGGCCUUUCGGCUGGGACCCCAACACGGGCAAGGAGCUGCCCUACCACUACUACGACAAGAAGGGCACCAAGUUCACCACCAAGUGGCAGGAGUCCCACCAGCUCCCCACCGAAUUCAAACUCCUCUUCAAGAUGCACACCGAGGGCGUGCUUAAGCUCAGCCUCUCACAUUGCACCUAGAGAGCAAAGGUCAAUGUCAGAGGGUCACAGGCUGGGAUUUUAGGGCCACCCGAGUUUGCAGAUGGACGUUUGGGUGGUCCGUC